AUGUUGAGCAAUUACAACCCAUUUGUAGUUUAUACUUGGUCAUUCACUGCUGCCACACCUUCAUUUCGUUGUAAAUUAAAUGAAAACGACAAUCUUUAUUCACAAAACCAUUAUCAUUUAAAUCAACCAGAUGAAUUAUAUUGUAAAACGAAUACGAAAAUUUCAGUGAGAGAAUGUCAACGAUGUUAUAUCAAACAGAAUAAUCAAACAAAAGCGUGUUACGAUUUUGUAUUUGAUAAAAAAUAUUACAAUUAUACACUUGUUGAAGAAUGGUCGAUGGUUUGUGAUCGAACGGUUUUUCGUUCAACGGUACAAAACAUUUUUUUCGUCGGUUAUAUGAUUGGCUCGAUAUUCUUUGGAAUUCUUGCUGAUAAAUACGGUCGUCGACCAAUAAUCAGCAUUUGUUUGGUAUUGACAGCAUGUUCGGGAUUUAUUUGUACGUUUUUUCCUCAAAAAAAGUUAUUUGGAUUUUGGCCAAGUUAUUUAUCAUAUACAUUCGGUCGAUUUAUCUUAGCUUGUGUAACUCGAGGCGUUGGAAUUACUGAUUUUGUAUUAGUCACUGAACUUGUGGGUCCGAAAAAGAAAUUUCUUGUUGGAACAAGUCUUCAUAUAUGUUUUGCACUUGGUCAACUAGUUUUAAGUUUUUUUGCUUAUUUUAUUCGUGAAUGGAGACAUUUAACAUUAGCUUUAUCGUUAUUUACAGCUCCAUUUGUAUUUCUACAUUUUGUUAUACCUGAAUCGCCGAGAUGGUUACUCAGUAAAGGACGAUAUAGACAAGCGGAAAUUCUCUUGAGAAAGAUCGCGAAAACGAAUAAAAAGUCGUUUGAUGACGCAGCAUGUCGGAGAAUGUUUGCUGAUCUUGAGAAAUCGCACGAUUCGAACGAUCGAUUUGGAAUUUUGUCAUUAUUUCGAUCGAAAAUCAUGUUAAUUAUAAGUUUCAAUUUAUUUUUUCAAUGGUUUGUUCAAAAUUUAGCUUAUUAUGGAGUUUCUCAAAGUACUGGCUCAUGGGGUUUCGAUCCAUACUUAUCAUUUACAACAUCAGCUUGUGUAGAACUUCUUGCUUACAUUACAAUUUAUCUUACUUUAAAUCGUAUCGGUCGAAAAAUUCCUUAUUUAACAGCAGUAUUUUGCUUUGUGAUUGUUUCAUUCUUGACUAUUUUGAUAUACAACGAUCAGCGUGGAGGAAUUCUGAGAUUUGUAAUGAAUAUUUCAUCGAAAUUUCUUGUUUCGAUUAGUUAUGGAACGAUUUAUAUUUACUCGAAUGAAUUAUUUCCCACUCGAGUGCGAAGUACAGGAAUGGGAUUGUGUUCAAUGUCUGCACGAGUUGGUGCAAUUGUUGCUACAACGAGCAAUGAUAUGUUAGCACGCGUUUGGAUCAAUCUUCCAACUGUUUUAUUCGGUACAUUGUCAUUGAUCGCAGCACUUACUGUUCUCAUGUUACCGGAAACGUUGAAUAAACCAUUGCCACAGACGAUUCAAGAUACAGAACAGAUGGGUUUACUUUGUAUUCGUGGUUCCCAAACGGAACGAGCAAACGAAUCUACAAAUGAAGAUAAGUUAUUAAAUGAAAGUUCGAUAAAAAGUUAA